GGGCGGGGCGCGGCGGUCGCGGAGCGUUUUCGGUCAGUUCCGUCAGUGGAGUUGCUCGUGGGGUCGCUGGGCCCUGUCGACCUGUGGGCGGGCGAGCGAGCCAGCGGACAAGACUGCGGGUGAGGCUGAGCUAGCGAGCGGCCGGCAGGGGGGGCGCCCGGGCUGCGAGCCGCUGAGCCCAGCCGCGCUGCCGCCGCCGGCCGUAGUAGGGCCGGAAUGGCUCAAGGCCGGAGUGGUGUUGCCGCUCGGCGCCUGGCUGCCGGGUAGCGUCCGGUCCCCGCCCCUCGCCUUGCGGCCUGACGCCGGCCGCUGCUGCCCGGGGACCGGAGCGGCGGGUCGCCUUUGCCCAGGACACACGCUCUGGCUUUUGUUCCUUGGGGCGUGACGCCAGCUUCAGCGGGUACCCGGCUUUCCCGACGGGUGCUGAUCUCCGAGUCGCUGUUGUCACGCGGUCUGCUGUGCUCCAGAUUCAGGACGGUGGGUCUGGGAAUCCCGGAUUGGUCUUGGAGGAGCAACGGCUGCGCAGGUGACUCGGUGGCCUCAAGUGUAUAGGUACAAAACUCAAGACAUGAACAACAAUAUAUAUUACCAGUCUUCAAACCCGAUUUGGCUAGAACUGGUGGAAUACAGUUGCCUACGACAUAUUUUAGAAGAACUAGAAAAGUCAAAGUAAUGGAUAACAGAAAAGAGCCUCCAUUCUUCAAUGAUGAUAACAUGGGACCAUAUUACUACAGACUUCAUUUCUAUGAUACCAUGGAGCUCUUCAUUGAAACAUUAACUGGAACAUGUUUUGAGCUGAGAGUUUCACCUUUUGAAACUAUUAUUUCUGUGAAAGCAAAAAUUAGAAGACUGGAAGGUAUUCCCAUCUGUCGACAGCACUUAAUUUGGAAUAACAUGGAACUUGAAAAUGAUUAUUGCUUGAAUGAUUACAACAUUUCAGAAGGGUGUACCUUGAAGCUAGUUUUGGCUAUGCGUGGCGGACCUAUAAAUACUAGAAGAGUUCCUACAGAAGAUCCAGUUAGGAAGAUGGCAGAGUACUUGGAUUCCAGUCGAGCUGAGGUCUGGGAGAAGAGCUCCUGCAACAAACAAGUUACAUUUUUGGUGUACCGAGAAGGAGAUCAAUUGAAUUUCUUUCCUGCAGUAGAAAGGGGAGAUGGCACUUUAACACCGUUAUCUGACUCUUCAAAGAAAAUAGGUUUUCAUUUGCAUGUCUUACGGAGAAAAGGAGAACAUCGUAUGAGUGGUGGUUCUAUGUAUAGUUCGGAUACAGAUGAGGAUGAAGAAACUGAGCCUUCUUCUACUGGGCAACAGAUAAUUGAAAAUUCAAUAACUAUGAAUAAGAUGAAGCUGCUGAAGGCUAAGAUGAAGAAUAUGAAUCUCAGCAAAAAGCCUAAGAAAGCUGUCAAGAUAAAACCUCACCCACCUAUAGCUCCUCGACCUUCUAGUGGUUCCACUGCACCAUCUCGCCACCGAUUGUUAAGGGUCCUCCCCAACAUUGGUCAAUCUUGUUUACCUGCUUUUGGGAAUGCAUAUCUGCCCGAAAUCUCUAGGAAUGGAAUUUCAAGUUUGGCAACUCAACUCCCUGCUGAGAGAUCCAUAUCUUCUAUCACUGGUGAAUUUCUUAAGGAAAAUAAUAGCUGGGAGAAUAACACACUGUCUCACUUCAGUAGCAACGUCAAACUACCUCCUCAGAUACCCCAUUUGGAGUUGGGAAAUGACCAGGAGCUUGCUGACUCUGUUCUCCAUCUUGGAUCAUCCCUGCCUACGCAGAGAAAACAUUUUUUAGGAAACUUGCCAUCUAGUAAUGAGGACACUGUCUUACCUUCAGAAGAAUGUGUAAUCGAAGAAUCACUUCUACCUGAAGUGGGCUCACUGGCUUCAUUUGCAGAUGGAAAUGCUGAUGAGCAGAGCAGCGGCUUAGAAGAUGCAUGCAAAGUGAAUCCGGAGUUGUUACUCACUAAUGCUGACAAAGGGUUGAAAGCUCCAGAGCAGCAUCUUAAGCAUGUUGCGGGAGUGCUGAGUGGGGAAUCAGUAGAGACUUCAGUUCUUAACUACCGGGAAUUAAGUCCUCACAAGAAUAGACUCUUGUCACCUCUUCGCUGUUCUGCACCAAUGUUGCUACAUAAUUCUCUGGUGAAACCACAGAGACAGUCCAAAUGUUUUGAAUUUGGGAAACUACAGCCUUCUUCUCGGUCACUGGAUGUUCAAAACAUAACUGAUUGUUCUUCCUCUAGGACUCCUCGCUUUCAGGGUGUUAAAGUUGAUUCACCUGGGAAAAGAUCUGAUGUUAUUUCCAAAGUUGAGGCUCGAGAUAUCACAGAAAUGGCUAACAAGGCUUCCAAAGAGCCUAUUGAUUGUGUAAAUAAUAUCAGUUUUCUUGCUUCACUGGCCCGGAGCACAAGCAGAGAUAGAUUACAGAGCACACGUGGGGCAGGCAGGCUUCAGACCUCUGGAAUUGGGCUGUCUACAAACCUCCAGCAUUUUCAGGAAGAAAACCUUAGGAAAAGUUCUCCCCAGUUAGAACAUCCAGAAGUUUUUUUGUCUACCCAUGGUGUUGGAAUGAAUGGAAAUAAUGCAGCAACAGGGAAAAGCGUAGGAGAAUGUACUACUCAUCACUUCCCACCUGUGAAAGCCCCUCUUCAGACAAAGAAGAAAAAAACAAAUCAUUGUUUUCUUUGUGGAAAGAAAACAGGACUGGCUAGUAGCUACGAAUGCAGAUGUGGAAACAACUUCUGUGCAUCUCAUCGUUAUGCAGAAACUCAUGGCUGUACCUAUGAUUACAAGAGUGCAGGGAGGAGAUACUUGCACGAGGCAAAUCCUGUGGUUAAUGCACCAAAACUUCCAAAAAUCUAACUCUUCCUCUACAUCUUACUGUUCUGCCUGGGAAUCGUAUUAUAAUGACCGAAGAAAUAUUGUUUAGACUAUUAUUUUUGUUCGACUCUAAAAGAUUUGCCAAAUAACAAAAGCAUACAAUGCAUACUGUUGGAGAACAAGAAUUCUACUGUAUUUUACAUCUUUAUUUCUUGGUGAAACAAAAGUUUUAAAAGUAGUUUUAAAAACUUUACAGUGGAAUGAUUUAGCUUUGUUAUUGCAUGUCUUGUGUUAAGUGUUUUAUAUAUGAUAUUGCAGUUUUACUAGACAAAUCUUCAAAAGAUGCACUUGAGGAAACGAAAUAUUUCCUAAAUAACCAGCCUUCCACAUUGUACAGAAUGAGCAGUCAUGUAAUGAAUAGCUCUACUCAAAUUGACCAUAUGGUUUUUUUUCUUUUUCUUUCUUUUCUGCUGCUGCUUUUUUUUUUUUUUUUUUCAGAGGUGGGAUGGGUGGAGAUUUUUAAUAAUUCCCAUACAUGAAAGUUUACUGGGUUUUUAGCAAGUUCCUUUUUACUUCAAGCUACUUUUUUAAAAAAGAACAUUUUUCCAGUGUGGUUUUUAACAGAUAUAUAUUUCUUCCACAUUCAGAUUAGCAUUCAGACAUGUAUCCAUUCUAGAAAACACAUAAUGUUCAUGAUAGUGUGUAUUUUACUACUUUUUGAAUGUUAAUUUUAAAAUAGAAGAUGUCCCACUUGCCAUUAAAUAUAGAAGCCAACUUUUUACCUUUUGAAAAAUGGCUACAUUUAAAACAAAAUCUCACAGCUUGAUUUUUCUUACUUGUUGAGAGCUAUUACCAGGAGAAAUUCAAAUAAAUAUUCAAUUUCAUUAUGA